AUGAAGGAUUUCUUCUUAUUAGCCCAAAAUAGCGUUAUCCCAGAAGGGCUUCGUGCCAUCAAGACGAAUCAGGACUUGCUGCCGAGCACUCCAAUUGGCCAGCUAUUCUACAAUGACUUCUGGGGAACUCCACUAACCCACAGCGGAUCUCAUAAGUCUUAUCGCCCCCUGUGUGUACUUACGUUCCGCCUAAAUUACGCCCUUGGGGGUUUCGACCCUUGUGGUUACCACUUCUUCAAUAUCCUUCUUCAUGCUAUAGUGUCUGCUCUGUUUACACAAUUUGCUGCUGCUGUGUUUUGUCGCAGCCUCUUGCCGACUCUGGUUGCUGGUCUACUCUUCGCUGCUCAUCCUAUUCACACUGAAGCGGUUGCAGGAGUUGUUGGACGGGCUGAUGUGGGAGCCUGUUUAUUUUUCCUGUUGUCGCUGAUGUCUUACAUGAGAUACUGUAAAUACAGAGACAAAAAGGGGUACUUGUAUAUUUGUCUUAUACUAGCAGCUGCGUCUAUGCUCACCAAAGAGCACGGAGUCACUGUUCUCGUACUUUGUGCUGUGUACGAUACUUUCAUUGUGCACAAGUUACAUCCCAAAGAAAUCAUUGUCAUUUUAAAUCAAAAGAAAUAUCGGCCCCUCAGAGAAGGAUUACUGCAUUUAGGAGGAACAGCAGUCAUUCUACUAGCCAUGCGCUUCCACCUUAUGGGCAGCAAGCCUCCUGACUUUGCGCCAGCUGACAAUCCUGCUUCUGACAGUGAUUCGUUUCUUACCAGAACUCUCACAUUUCUCUACCUUCCCGCUUUCAACUUCUGGCUGCUACUGUGCCCUCGCUGGUUGAGUUUUGAUUGGUCGAUGGAAUCCAUACCACUUUUGACCAGUCCCUUGGAUCCCAGAAACAUUCUUAGUGCCUGCUUUUAUGGGGCUAGUGUCCACUUCUUAGUAUAUCUUUCUCGGUCCCUGUCGUUGCAAAAGCCCAGUGCCUUGUCCGGCAGCUCUGGCUCAUGCAGUUGCUCUUCCUCGUGCUGUAGUUGGAAUCACAGACUUCAACUGGGGAAACACUAUAACAACAAGAGCAACUCUAGCAACAGCAAGCAUUUUACUAGUGCUAUCAAUAAUAAUAACAACAAUAACAAUUACUCCAAUGGACAUCAUAGAGCGAUGAAUGGUACCAGCUUUACUAAUAGUGCAAAUGGUGGUUCUUCUCACCUGUGCCACACGGCAGCCAGUAGUGCGGACUGCCACUAUUUCAAUUCUCUGCACCACAACACAGACGCUGUGAUAAUGGCCACAAGUCUACUGGCCUUCCCCUUCGUGCCGGCCACGAACCUUUUCUUCUAUGUUGGCUUUGUGGUUGCAGAGCGUGUACUGUACAUACCCAGUAUGGGGUUCUGCCUCCUUGUGGCAAUAGGCUUGGACCAACUAUACAGGAGGCAAGAAGGACUUCUCAGGAAGCGAGUUCUAUUAAGUAUUUUUUUGUGUCUCGUGUUCGUCAUGUCGGUGCGUACCGUUCGUCGAAAUAGAGACUGGUGGCAUGAAGAGAAUUUAUAUCGUUCAGGAAUCCAUAUAAACCCACCUAAAGCAUACGGGAAUUUAGCCAACAUAUUGAGUUCACAAGGUAAAAAAGCGGAGGCGGAAUGGGCAUACAAAAAGGCUCUUACCUACCGAUCCAACAUGGCGGACGUCCACUACAACCUUGGCAUACUGCAGCAGGAACAAGGGCGUUAUGAAGAAGCCUUACAAAGCUACAAAUUAGCAAUACAAUUCCGUCCCAGACUGGCAAUGGCUCAUCUGAAUUUAGGCUUAGUGCUAGGCAUUCUGGGAAGAAAAGAAGAAGCUGCAGAGGUAUAUCGCCAUUGUGCGGAACUUGAUAGUAGUGGUUUGAAGGACCCGAAAAUGCAUGAAACGACAAAGAUCUCAGCUCUGUUUAACCUAGGCAGACUAUAUGCUGACGAUGGAUCAUAUAAGGAAGCCAUUCAAGUUUAUCAAGAAGCUGUGCAGAAAAUGCCAGAUCAUUAUCAACCGCAGUCUUUGUAUAAUAUGAUGGGAGAGGCAUUUUUUAAGUUGAAUAAAUUUGAAGAUGCCGAGAGGUGGUAUCAGCAGGCCUUACGCGCUAAAGCAGAUCACAUACCAGCGCAUCUUACGUAUGCCAAGCUUCUGUCAAAAUGGGGACGUACGAGUGAGGCUGAGAAAUGGUUCUUAAAGGCGAAAGAAAUUGCACCGAAUGAUUCCAGUGUUUAUCAGCACUAUGGUCAGUUUCUCACGGAGAACGAACGCCAUCUGGAAGCUGCGCAAAUAUACUUGAGGGCCGCUGAACUUGCUCCAGAUGAAUACGAAAUUAUAUUCAAUGCUGCUAAUACACUCAGGCAAGCAGGGAAAAACGCAGAUGCUGAACACUUUUAUCAAAUUGCUGUGAAGCUGAGACCGAAUGAAGUGACAAGCCAUAUGAACUUGGGAGCCAUGCUGCACGUAAAUGGAAAACUUCUGGAGGCGGAAAGUUCAUACUUAGAAGCUCUGAGACUGAAACCCGACGACGCAAUCACCCAAAACAACCUACAAAAACUUCGUAAUUUAUUAGCACAGAAACGAAUGCAUAGUAGAAGGUAGCAGCCUUUCGUUUCGAUAAAGCUGUAAUGGACUUUGAUCAUUAUAUGAAAAAUGUUUGGAAGAAGGAAGGAUCUUCAGCACACAUCUGGUACUACUAUUUCGGCAAGUACCGUGGGACGAAUUAUCUUGCACUUGAUCUUCAAAGUCAGCUUUGGUCUUUGUCAUCUAAAUGUUGCUGCAGUGUCAAAUAAAGUACUAGCAGCUGUUUUCUAGGCCCAUAAAUUGGCGCCAAAAUGUUACAAGGCUGUGUAUUCCCCAAUUUUGGAAGACAACCACGUUUCUUAUUUUCCACCCCCUUCCUCGUUGUCUCUAGCAGUAAAACUGUGCACUUACUUAACCGAUACCAUAUUGAAAUCUGUUUAAAAAGUGCACUAUUCUUGUGAUUUUGUAAGCACUAUUACCUUUUCGUGUAAAUUGUGGAUAUUAUGAAAUUAGUUUAAAAAUUUUCAGCGUUCUCGUUGGAGCUUUAACACUAAAGAUUGUGGAAAUAAGUGUUUGUAACAAAGCUCAAAAGCAGAAAAACUCAGUUGUUAUUUAUAAUCUUUGUAUAUAUAACUGUUUCUGUGAAGGAAAUUACCUAAAUUAGUGAGAACUUACGAAUUCGUUUCAGGCCUGUUUGCUUUUAUUCUUUAGGUUAUUGUGAAUAAUUUAAAAUUUUAAUGCAUAUGAUAUUAUUUUUUAAUUGAUACGUUUCUCAUGCGUGAUAUUAAGUAUUUAUACGUAAAUAUUUGGUUUUUGUUUGUUUUUGAUUCUUUAUGAAAUCUGAGGACCAAACAUAGGAAAUUGUAAUGAGUGUAGGUAGAAUUUCCGCAAAUAUUUAACACCACUCUUGAUGCUUAUUUUGUAUAUAUUCCACUUACUGCUGUAGCCGUAAUAAUUUAUAGAGAUUAUCCAAUUAAAUGAUAACGGUCUUGCUGCCUUAAAAAUGCUUCGGAUGUAUUAUUUUUUAGGUAGCAUUGUAAGGCAAAAGGAAUUUCUAAAAUUUUCAAUGAAAAUUUGAUGUGCUUAGUACAGAAUUUCAUUGAUACUGAAAUCACCCUGGUGCAAAAAGUUAAUGGUAUCGCAGUGUUUAGUUGUUAAAUUAAAGCUAACUUUUAAUUACAUCAUAUUAUUGUACAAAGUAAGAAAUUAUAUGUUAUAUAAGAUAUUUUAAUUAAUAUUAUGCAGUCUGAAGGAAAGUGUAUGAGUUAAAUCUUAAUUUGGAAUAUAAGUUUAAAUGCAAGAAUUAUUUCAAUUUGUACGAAUAGCUUACUCAGAAAUUAAGUAAAACCGCAGUGCUUUACUUCGCUAGUGAAUUCUCAUUGGAAUCGAUGAUUUAACUUUUGACUUUGCCUUUUCUAUAUUUUCGCCUUCGGGUGAGCGGUGUGAUUGCAUUCUAAUUGACUUAAUUACCGCGAAUGAACUUAGAGCAUAAAAUUGUACUAUCUGGUAAAAAUUCUAUGUAAUUG